UGAAUUUUCAAUCCAUAGAAAAGAAAACCAAAAUUCCUUCGUUUAAAAUCAUCAGCCAAAGAAAUAGAUAAAAACAAAUGAUUAGCAGUGCCAUUCUCUACAGGAGGGGCAGAGUAGGAUUUCAACUUUUCCCCACAUUAACAACUGCUUCGAUUUGCUCCAAUACUAGGAUCGUUAGUGUUUCCUCGUACCUAAAACCCACUUACAAAACCUUCAGCAGAAAUCAUUGUACUUUCGUAAAUAUCUUCAAACUCUCUUUAACUUCUUCGUCAGCUUCUGGGGUUGUUGGGUUUUCAAACAUGGCAUCUGCAACUGGAGGAGAAGAUGGUCAUUUCAAGUUGUCUGAAACUAGUAAUCUUAUAAUCAAGGAAGGUGACAUCACUAAGUGGUUUGUUGAUGGCUCCUCCGAUGCUAUUGUCAAUCCAGCAAAUCCAAGAAUGCUUGGAGGUGGUGGUGCAGAUGGAGCCAUACAUAGGGCUGCUGGCCCGGAACUUCGAGAAGCAUGCUCUAAGGUCCCAGAAGUUCGACCUGGUGUUCGCUGUCCCACUGGAGAAGCAAGGAUUACCCCAGGAUUUAAACUGCCUGCAUCUCAUGUGAUUCACACAGUUGGACCAAUUUAUGAUUCUGACAAGGACCCUAAAGCCUCCCUGAGUAGUGCAUACAAGAAUAGCUUGACUGUGGCUAAAGAGAACAACAUUAAAUACAUUGCAUUUCCUUCCAUAUCUUGCGGUGUAUAUGGAUAUCCUUUUGAGGAAGCAGCCACAGUUGCUAUAUCUACUGUCAAAGAAUUUGCAGAUGAUAUUAAAGAGGUGCACUUUGCUCUGUUCGAGUAUGAAAUCUACAAUAUUUGGUUGAAAAAGGCAAAGGAGUUGCUCCAGGCUUAGUGCAUGACAGCAACUAGAAUAAUGUUGUCCUACCUUGGUCCAUGAGAGUGCUAAGUUUAGAUGUAUAUAUCUCUAUGGACUUGGAAGCAACUAUGACAGAAUUACUUUCGUUUGAUUUGCAAGAGUCCUGAACUUUUGGAUGAAUUGGAGGCAUUUAUGCUUCACUUUAGACAGAAUAAUUGUUAAUGCUGGUUUUGUGGAAUUAAUGGUUGUUAUGAAAAUAUAAUUCCCCUUAUUUUAUAGUUCCUGAGCUCUUUGCUUUAGGAUCAACACAGUCUAAGACUAAAUAUGAAUCACAGUUUAAGUUUAUGCCUGAACUUGGAUAUGAUUCUUUUUAAAAUCUUUUAUAACACCUUCAAAGUGUUUUUGGUCAGGAUCUAGUAUGUUUUAAGCUUGUGGAGUAGUUGCCCUCAAUUCCCUUGCUCUUGCUGCUGUCUCUUUUCUCUCCCUGUUUUUGGAUUGGGAAGCUGUGAACAGAAACAUGUAAUGGUAAAAAUUGUUCAGAAAAAUGCUAAAAAAAGGUGUAAUACUUACACUGGUGUAAAUGAAUCCCUCUAUUCAUAAUGCUUACUCAUUAGCUCAAUAAAUUAGCAUGAGGUUGCAGCAGAAUUUCUGGAGGAACACACAUUAAGCAACAAGAGGAGAGUUUAGUAGGGAAGGCAAACCAUCCAACCAACCUCGGACAACGGUUUUACAAGUCAUAAGAGAUUUCAGGAUUUCCAAAUGAUUAUGACAACUGUGG